CCUACUAAUAUUACAGAACAAGAUGUCUUAGAACUCCCUACGCCCUCAAUAAUCAGCCAGAUACAUGAUCAUCAUAAACAUUUCCUCACCAUCCCACCAAGCAGCAAAGUGAAGAAGCAAAAGAAAUGGAAAAACCGAGAUUUCCCUUUCUUGGCAAAGCAAUAGAAAAUCCUGCGCUAUUGUCUCUUGCGCGUUCACGAUUGGGUCUAUCAUUGACGGAACUUUUAAAAAUGGAAACCCCGGGAGAGACAUCGUGGAUCCUGGUGACACGUUCUAGACCCCUCGGUCAGGGUUUCACUUUGAGUUGGGCCUUUUUCUACUGGGUCGCUUUGACUCACUCAUUUGCUUGCUUGCUUGCUUGCUCGCUCGCUCACCGUCUCUGGCUAAAUGGUAGGACCUCUUGGUAGUCGGAGGUGGUAUCCGGUGAGGCCGAGAAAAGCGUCAAGUGGGUGAAUUGCCGACAGUGCCGGUGAUCUUCUUUCCUUUGCCCUGCGGAUGGAUGGAUGGAUGGAUGGGGUUGUGGUGUUGAUAG